AGGAAUUGUUUAUGAAUAGCUUGAUGGUGAGCAGAAGGAAGAUAUUACAAUAACCUCCAUGUUAGACCAUUUGCAUAAGAUAAAGGGAGAAGCCACCAUCUUGUUGGCUCCCAUCCCUGAUGUUCUGUCAUUGUAGUGUAGUUAAAUUUUGUUUAGGCAGCCUUCCUUUAUGCUGAAUUCAGGCUCUGAAUUUGCAUACUCAUUUAUUUUGUUUAAUCGGGUGAAAGCAGGAGGGGUAGAUAUUUUUGAAAAAGUUGCUCAAAGAUAAAAAGCAUUUAGGGACAUGUUAUUUAAACUUACUGAAGACAUUAAAAGAGAAUAAAUCAUUAAAAAAGGUUGAGUUACUUGUAUUUUCUUUUUUUAUGAAUAAUAUAUCAUUGCUAUGUAACAAUGUACCUAAUUUCACAACUUUUAUUGUAGCACAUAAACAGGUCACCCAAAAUUGGAAAUUGCAGAUGAUUUGAACAUUUAAACGUUGUUCCAAGGAGUUUUGGAUUUGGUAUUGUAUGAGAAAUAGACCACGAACAUAAAGUAUAUCAAUGGAGAAACCAGAGAGAGCAGGUUUGUUGAAAAAUGGUUCCAAUUUAUUUACUAUUUGAACAACAUGGGUGGACUUUGGACAAUCCUAUUACAUCAAUAAAGAUUUUUGAAGGACCUACUGAUAACAUAAUUACACUUGUCUUUUUGUUGGAAUCUUUGAUGACACUUCUGACUGGACUUUGGCAGAAUCUUAAAAGUACAUUUUUGGUGUUCAUGUGCUAAUCACUUGUUUUGUUUAUCCACAGACUGUAAUCCUUAAUGUUUUGUUCUAAGAUAUUUUCAAUAAAAUGUUUAAAAAGAAAAGAGAGAGAGAGAGAGAACAAGAACACAUUAUGAUUUUGGCAAAUGGUUAAGUUUGACAAAUCAGAAAGUUUUGUCAAAGUUAAGUUUUCAGUUCACCAAAUGACUGUUUACAGACAAGAGUAAAAAGCAGUGGUCACUGUUACACAGCCAAUGGGGAAACCAACCUAGAGAGCCUAUACAUAGUUAUUGAGCGUAAUGAAGGGAAGUUAAGCAACAAAACUCAAUGGUAGACCCUCGAUAAAGAUGCAGGCAGCUCAUAUGCUGAAUCCCAUAUGCUAAUAGGUAGAAAAUUAAGACUCUGCCAAAACACUAGUGGUGCUCAUUACUGUGCUUAUCAAGCGAGGAGACUUUAAAGCACACAGGCUGUGACCUAAGAGCUUCUCUUGGGAAAACCACAAAUGUGCGACAAGGAACUGUGCCUCCUUAAUUACAUUCUCAUCCCUGUGGUGAUGGAAAGAUGGCUCUUGGCAGAUUUGGGAUUGUCAAUUCUAGCCCCCACCCCCAAAGCAAAACACAGUGAGAAAAUGCAGAUUUGAGUCCGUCUGUUCAUACUCGCAUGAGCUCACCCAGAUCUUUGGACUUAAGCUGACACCUGCAUCUGAAUAAUUAAAACUUCAGUGAGUCCCUCUGCAAAUGCCAUUUACUUUCUUGGACCACCCUGGCUGGAGGAUUCUGAAAGAUGUCUCAAGUCCUUUUAUCACUAGAAAGCUGGAGUAUAAAAUAAGUAAAAAUCAAGCUAUAUUUCACAAAUCACUUUUCAGAACCCCUUUAGUUUCAGAAUCUUUUUCCACAUGGAACUAAGGUUCAAGAUAGGUUAAUCAGAAAAACUCUAAAGUAUAUGGAACUACUUAUCCAGUUCUUGGGUACUGGUUCUAGAAUACUGUAUAUGAAACUUCACUUAGUCUAGCCUUAUCUCUACCAACAGUUCCUAUGCCUCUUCUAUCCAAAAGAACAAAAUGGCAGAUACCCUGCUCCAAAAGCCUACGCCAGUCUGUCUCAAUGUUGAACAAUAACAAGGGUUCAAGACCAACUGCAUAUUCAGACACAAAUGUUGUUAGCCCAGAUCUCAAAUGGGAACUCUCCUGUAUUUGUUUCAAAUACUAGUUAUGACACACUGUGUUCGUAACACUUUCAAUACUUUUGCACACACACAGAAGCUUAAGCAUCCCAUACCAGCAAAGUAUAAAUACAUGAUGCACCAAGGAGCCUACUUUGGUAAGCAAUUCUUUAUAUUUCUUUGUACAAGGGAAAUUUUGGAGGAAGAGGAGAGGGUAUGGAUAUCAUACCAGCACCGGGGCUUCCCCCUUCUAUUUGUAUUAUCAUUGUAUGGAUGAGAAGGGAAGACAAAUUAACAUUAGAUAAGACCAUAUUUAGUGUAUUUUUAAAAAGUUAUCCCUUCCCACUUGUCUGAAAACAAAACUUGCUACUGCAAAAAGCCAAAUCUUACCCAAGACAUUUAUGCUGCCGUAAGGGAACAACCUUGUAACCCCCUUUUUCAAAGGUGUUUGCACAAGGACGUUCUUACAAAGCAGAAUGGUGGAUAUACUGUAUUCUGAGACAUGUCUUAAUAGAAUCAUAGAAUCUUGUGCUUCCUCUGCCAUCUCUCUUUCCUUCAGUACAAUUAGCUAUUCAACAGUGGAACACGCUCCCUCAGAGGGUGAUGGAGUCUCCUUCUUUGGAGGUCUUUAAACAGAGGCUGGAUGGCCACCUGUUGGGGAUGCUUUGAUUUUGAAGGACACAGACAAGGAAGGGAGAGAAGAAUAGUGGAGAUGGAGUGGCUCUGCAACUGGUGCCGAUGGAAACAAUUUGGCUUCUUGGACUAUUGUCUGUGGUUUUAUGAAGAUAGACUUCUGGCAAGUGAUGGGUUGCACCUCACAGCAGUUGACAGGAAUGUUUUUGCUAUGAGUCUCAAACUUGAUCAGGAGGGCUUUAAACUGAGUUAUGUGGCGGAAGGAGACAGUAUUCUUGAUGGCAGAAGUUCAUCAAGUGCUGGAGAUAAUAACUGGAAUGUUAUACAGAGAACAAGCAAAAGAAAUGACAAGGAAAUGGUAGGGCCACUGUGUGGAGAAGAUGGCGAAAUGCUAACAGAGGACAGGGAAAAGAUGGUAUUCAACACUUUCUGUACUUUGGUCAUCUCCCAAAAGAAAAACAGUGCUCAACCUGGGGAAAAUGGAACAGAUGAUGCAGAUGGGGACAUGCAACACAGAAUAGGUAAAGAGGUGGCACAGGAAUACCUGGCCAGUCUAAAAGAUGAACUACAUCCAAGGGUACUAAAAGAACUGGCAGACAUAAUCUCUGAACCACUGGAAAUAACCUUUCAGAAUUCCUGGAGAACAGGAGAAGUCUCAGCAGACUGGAGGAGGCCAAAUGUUGUAUCCAUCUUGAAAAAGCUGUUUAACUUGUCUGUUGUAUGUAAGCAAACAAAGAAUCAUUGAGAACACCUAGAGUAGAAUUUAAUUGUAUUCGAGGUCAACCAUUUUACAUGGUUGACUAAAGACACACUGUUGCAACCCAACACCGAAAGUCUUCCUUUCACCAUCACCCCAAUGUCAAUGCUGUAGAGAAACCUCCAGCUAGACAGAAGACAAGAAAAGGGAAAUGGAAUGGGCUCCUGUAAAGAGACUUUUUUCCCCAGAGGCUUUGUUAACUGAAGUACAUCAAUAUACAGUUUACCUUUCCUGGAAAUUCACUCUGAUUCAGGGCAUGAAUGACUCUCCUCAUCUUCCUGGCUCCCAGCUACAUUUCUAGUAUCUUUCCUCAACAUGCAGUCAUUACAUCCUUCAUAAUCCUACAAUUACACAUUAUUAACAAUGCAAAUUCUAAUUAAAAAUUAUUUGCAAAUAAUGCAAAUAUUUAUAUAUCAAAUGUUGAUGGGGAUGUUUCUCAUACAGUAUUUCUCUAAUAUUUAUAUAUAUUUUACUGAGUGUCUAAAGCAUACCCUAUAUGCUUGUUGAGCAAUUCUUGAAUGCAAUUACAUCUAAAUCAUUUUUCCUGAUUUGGAGGUCACACUUUUGUGAUUCUCACCAGUAUCAAGGGCUCACAUCACAGUAGCCUUUUUGAGCACUGAACUCUUACCUGUGUGACUCCAAAUACAAUGUGAAUUACUUCUGCAUAUGCAUGCAUAGUAUCUUACCUCUUCAGUUACAUCAGUUCUCUUUAAGAUGCAUGAUUUCUAAAAUAGCACUUAAAAUAAUCAAAUGACAAUGAUUAGAAAACAGAAUGGACAACAAUGCAGUUAUUUUCCUACUCAUUCAAAGUUUAUCAAAGAAUAAUUUACAGAAAACAGCAUUUUCUCUCCAGGAAUUCAUAGUUCUACUACAGAAUACUGCACCACUGCCAUGGCAUACUGUGGAUUAUAUUGUGGUUUGAAAACACACAAAGAACUCCAGUGUCUCUAAAACAACUUCCCUACUGUUGUUAGAUUAUCUGUUGGACUGGCCCUAAAACAACUUGACCUGUUUUAUAGGCUUGUAAAUGUCAUUCAGUGUGUUGGAUCUUAGCAUCCAGUGAAGAUCUCACUUCAGCCUCCAUUCAAGGGUGGCCAGUCUAGAAGAGUUGAGUUGUGGUUUUAUAGGUAAUGUAAGGCAUUGUGACUACAACAAUCAAAUGCACCUUAUCUAAAUAGCAGAAAUCUAGUGCUCUGCAUCUAAAGUAGAUACAUCUUUUAUUAUAGCACCCUGCUUGGAAACAUAUCAUGAUAGAUGAUGUCAAGUUAUGUGAGACAUACUGAAAACCAGUCAAGUCUGCUAGGUAGCUCAGAAGACUUUAAUUUUAGAAGCUGGAUCCACAAUGCACCCACAGCCUACUUUAUUCCUCAGCUGCCAAGGGGACAUAGCCAGCCACACAGGUCUAUUGUACCACAGCUACAAUAAAUCUAGGAAAGAUAUUUUAUUUGAAAGUGUACUAAUUUGCUACAUGUCAAGUUAGAAAACUUUUUGAGAGCACAAGAACAGCCUUAUGUGCCAAGAAAGGAGAAAUGAAAAGCAGAUUGUUAAAAGAGAAAUCUAUUUAUAAACGGUUGCCUAAACGCAUUAUAGUUAAGAUGAAACCAUCAUUUAUUUAUAUUGAUUUAUUACUCCCAGGAAUCUACCAAACAAACCUUCAGCAGUACAUAUUUAGUUAUGGCAUUAUUCAGUACAUUUCGUUGAUUAAACUCAGAUAUAAUAAUAAAGUAUUUUGUGCUUACAUUUACAUAUUAACCAGAAUUUGUUUUAUCUUAUGGAAGGGAAGCAUUUUCUGGUAUUUUAAGUGGAAAUUGGUAUAUUUGCUUCUUGCUAAGUAUACAGUCCCAUUCAGAUGUUUAAUUAUUACAUUGCAGAAAAUGGCAGAAAUUUUAACACAAAAAUAAGUAACUCUUCAAAAUCAUCUUUGCUGUCCAUUUAUUUGUUACCACUACAGUUUUAAUUUGUAACAGGGAGUGGUGUCACCACUAAUGACUAUAAUGUCCUUUAAUUACCACUUCAUUAUUAAAACACUUGUUAUUUGCAGAAAUCUGAAGGAAAAACUGAAGUAAAAUUGGUUGAAAACAUACUGCAGAAAUAAUCCAGU